UAAGGGAGUUUUGCAAAAUAGUCUUUAACAAAUUUACGUAUUUGUUUACUAAACAGCCGGAAGUGAAAUAAAGUUCUACAUACACUGCAUAUGUGGGAGAAAAAUCUCGCCUGGCCGUCAAGUAUUACAUUAAAAAGGGACCGGCUGGUAGUGAAAUCUCAGACAAACACCUACAUAAGCAUGCAUAUACACACACAAACUCAUGCACGCGUAUAGGUGAAUCUAUGCGAGUGCCUUUUGAGAAAGAAACAUCUCACUCUCCCAUUCUGCACCAUUGUGCCCAGCAGCAACAUACAAAAUCAACAACAACAAGCAAAAGCAAGCAACAACAAACGGAAAAGGUGUCAUCAUCAACGCGUUUAGACCAUGAGGAACGUAUUGAUGGUUGCCGAGAAGCCCUCGCUGGCUGCCUCAUUAGCUGCAAUACUUUCAAAUGGACGAAGCGUACCAAGGCGAGGUAACAGUAGUUGCUCCACGCACGAAUGGUCGGGCCAGUUCCGCAAUGAGGGUACUGUACACUUUAAGAUGACAUCAGUGUGCGGUCAUGUGAUGUCACUGGAUUUUAUUAGUAAAUUCAACUCCUGGGAUAAGGUGGAUCCCGUAGAACUUUUUGGUUGUCCAACCGAAAAGAAGGAAUGCAAUCCGAAGCAACAAAUGCGCUCGUUUCUGGCACAGGAAGCGCGCGGCUGCGAUACUUUGGUGCUCUGGCUCGAUUGUGACAAGGAGGGUGAGAAUAUAUGCUUUGAGGUCAUGGAUGCUGUGCAGCAUGUCAUACAGAAUGUGUAUAGUCCUAAAGUGACGUACCGUGCACAUUUCUCGGCUAUAACCGAAAAAGAUAUAAAGGGUGCAAUGGAAAAACUUGGCCAUCCCAAUGAAAAUGAGGCGAAGUCGGUGGACGCGCGACAGGAAUUAGAUUUGCGCAUUGGUUGUGCCUUUACACGCUUCCAGACCAAAUUUUUUCAAGGACGAUAUGGGGAUCUAGACUCGUCGCUCAUUUCGUACGGACCCUGCCAAACGCCCACUCUGGGCUUUUGCGUUAAACGUCAUGAUGAUAUACAAAACUUCAAGCCCGAAAGCUUUUGGUAUCUGCAGAUGCUUGCUGGCCAUCCGGAGUUUACGCUGGAUUGGGAGCGUGGGCGAGUCUUCAAAAAAGACCUUACCAAUAUGCUGCUCAAUCGCGUCAAGGAGCACAAAGUGGCCACCGUGGAGAGCGUCACCACCAAGGAAGCGUUCAAGAGCAAGCCGCAGGCUUUGAAUACGGUGGAGCUGAUGAGGAUUUGCAGCUCUGGCUUGGGCAUCGGUCCCUUUCAAGCCAUGCAAAUUGCGGAACGUCUUUAUACUCAAGGAUAUAUAAGUUAUCCGCGCACAGAGACCAAUCAGUAUCCGGAGAACUUUGACCUUCAUGCCGUGAUGCACGUGCUGACGCCGUCAAGUGACUUUGGCGCAGAGGCCCGCGCCAUAUCAAGCGAUUUUCAAACGCCGCGUAAGGGUAAGGAUGCUGGCGACCAUCCGCCCAUAACGCCCAUGAAGCUUGCUCAACGCAGUGAGUUUGAUCGUGACACCUGGCGUGUCUACGAGUUCAUUUGCCGUCACUUUAUGGGCACAGUGUCGCGGGAUCUAAAAUAUCGCGUAACCACAGUCAAACUCCGUGCCGGCGGCGAAGGUUUCAGCUGCACCAGCAACGUGUUAAUCGAUGCGGGUUACACCAAGGUUAUGACCUGGCUCGCCUUUGGUAAAGAUGAGGCCAUUCCACCGUUUGUUCAGGGCACAAAAGUGGCCAUCAAUGAUGUGCGCAUGUCAGAGGGCCAAACGGGUCCGCCUGAUUACCUCACCGAGGCUGAGCUUAUAACGCUCAUGGAGCAGCAUGCCAUUGGCACUGACGCCUCCAUACCGGUGCACAUUAAUAACAUAUGCCAGCGCAAUUAUGUGCGCAUUGAAACCGGACGCAAGCUCAUACCCACUACGCUGGGCAUUGUGCUGGUGCAUGGCUAUCAAAAGAUCGAUCCAGAACUAGUGCUUCCAACCAUGCGUUCGGAAGUGGAGCAUGCGCUGACGCUGAUUGCCAAGGGCUCAGCUGAUUUCAAAGCUGUGCUGCGCCAUGCCAUUAGAAUCUUUAAGCUUAAAUUCAUGUAUUUUGUGGAUCACAUUCUAAGCAUGGACAUGCUCUUUGAAAUAAACUUCUCCCCGCUGGCAGAGUCCGGCAAGGCGCAUUCGCGCUGCGGCAAGUGUCGACGCUACAUGAAAUAUAUACAGACCAAACCUGCGCGUUUGUAUUGCACGACCUGCGAUGAGAAUUACACGCUGCCCAAUGGCAAUGUAAAGGUGUAUCGAGAGUAUAAGUGUCCGCUGGAUGAUUUUGAGCUGUUGGCCUUCUCCACGGGCGCUAAGGGGCGUUCGUUUCCAUUUUGCCCGUACUGCUACAAUCAUCCGCCAUUCAGGGACAUGCCCAAGUUAUCUGGCUGCAAUUCCUGCACGCACCCCAGCUGCCCACACUCACUCUACACGUUGGGCAUAUCAAGUUGCGUUGAGUGCGAGACUGGCAUUCUCGUCUUGGACUGCACGCUAUCGCCCUCUUGGAAGAUGGUCUGCAAUCGUUGUGAUGUCAUUAUUAACUGCUUCAAAGGAGCCGUUAAAGUCACUGUCGAAGAUAUCAGAUGCCAAGAUUGCGGUGCACAGGUGGUUAAUGUUGUGUACAAACCGGAGAAGUCAAAAUUCAAGGAUGGCAGCGAGGAAAAAACGGGCUGCGUAUUCUGUUCGAUGGAUUUUGCACAUCUGGUGGAAAAACAUCGAGCUGUGGCCUCGCGGCAAGUAAGAAAUGGCGGUCCUCGUGGUGGCCCUCCUGGUGGCAACGCUGGCGCAUUAGUUAAUGGUCAUGGUCGCGGUGGACGCGGUGGUCGGCCGCCUAGGGACAAAAUGGCACAAUUGGCGGCAUAUUUCGUAUGACAGUCAAUAGAUUUCGAGGAUAUGAUGUUAUCCCAAAAAUGCAUUUAAUUCUGUAAUUCACAUUUUCGCGGUCAUAAAAAAACUUUAAAAUUUGUGUAAUUCACAUUUUGUCGUUAA